UCUGGGUGUUCCUCCGCGUCGCGUCACCGGCUCCCCCCGCUUUGUGCUCCUCGAUGGUUCCGCCCGAACGUCCAGCUGAUCGCUUCGAGUGCCGUUCAAUUAUUCCGGUUUAAACUGAGCCGUUUUGUUUCACUUAACGGAUGGUUUUCUUCUGGCCGAAAGGGGCCGAGUUCGCACCUUUUCCACACCGACGCGUGGACUAUAAACGGGGCAAGAGGAACAUUCUACGUUUUUUUUGUUCAACUCUAGCGUCGGAUCGUUUUUCUUUUCUCUUCUUUUGAGCGACCAGGCCGCGGACUCAUCCCCGGCCUCGAGUUUCCAUACCGCCCCCCACCCCCCCUUCCCUCCCCGUCUCUAUCUCUCCCUCGUUGGAAGUCAUGGGGGACACCAGCGAACGAAGCAAACUACCUCCCCGGUGUACGUGUGGAUUCUGGGGGUCCAGCGAGACCAUGAACCUCUGCUCCAAAUGUUUUGCCGACGUCCAGAAGAAGCAGCCGGGGGAGGACUGCACCCCCGAGCCCCUCCAGAGCGCCGGGAGCAGCCAGUCGCCGGUCUUCAGUAGCGACGCGAGCAGCAGCCAAUCAUCAUCGUCGACGACGCCCCCCGGCCCCAAGCCGCCGCCCACCGAGGAGCCCUCGCCCACAUGUCCCGGCACGAGGGAAGGCACGUCGUCCACAGAAACAGCCCAAGGAACUCUCGGCACACCAACAAAACGUCCUCGAGAAUCAGGGUCGGACUCGGACAGCGAGGAGACGCCGGAGAAGCGGCCGCGGCCCGACGGCAAGGAGGGGAGCGGCGAGGAGGCCCCCGUAACGCCCAAGCAGAAGAACCGCCGGCGCUGCUUCCGCUGCCAAACCAAACUGGAGCUGGUGCAGCAGGAACUGGGCUCCUGCCGCUGUGGCUACGUGUUCUGCAUGCUUCACCGUCUCCCCGAGCAGCACGACUGCCUGUUCGACCACCUGGGCCGCGGCCGCGAGGAGGCCGUCCUCAAGAUGGUGAAGCUGGACCGCAAGGUGGGCCGCUCGUGCCAACGCAUCGGGGAGGAGUGCUCCUGAUCGGCCGUCCCGCCGGAGACCAGGCGCUUGUGGAGGGGGAGGGGCCUCAGGGAGGAAGAGGAGGAGCAAGCUCGUAAUGUCCCACAUCUGAUCUGAGCCUGUUGGCGUCCGGUUUGAGAGAGGGUGCCCGGCGGGGGGGGGGGGUGGGGCAU